GCAUAUUCAUAAGCUGUUGCUACUGACCCUGUACCAGCCAUGGCAGCUUCCAGCAGCAGCAGCAGCGAGGAGGAGCGGAGCCUUCGGGAAUGUGAACUUUAUGUCCAAAAACACAACAUCCAGCAGCUGCUGAAGGAUUGCAUCGUACAGUUGUGCACAGUCAGACCUGAAAGGCCCAUGGGAUUCCUCAGGGAAUACUUUGAAAGAUUGGAGAAGGAGGAAACAAAGCAGUUGUUGAACCAACAGAAGUCUGGCUCUCGCUCAGACUCCAGGGAGGAUGAAAUCUCUCCUCCUCCCCCCAUGAACCCGGUGGUGAAGGGUCGAAGGAGACGUGGGGCCAUCAGUGCUGAAGUCUAUACAGAAGAGGAUGCUGCAUCUUAUGUCAGAAAGGUUAUUCCAAAAGAUUACAAGACUAUGGCAGCUUUGGCAAAAGCUAUUGAGAAAAAUGUGCUGUUUGCCCAUCUUGAUGAUAAUGAAAGAAGUGACAUCUUUGAUGCAAUGUUCCCUGUCACUUACAUUGCAGGAGAGACCGUUAUACAGCAAGGUGAUGAAGGUGAUAACUUCUACGUUGUUGAUCAAGGAGAAAUGGAUGUAAGCAUUAGUGGUAGUUGUCUUGAAUCUCUGGACAAGUGGGAGCGCCUCACGGUAGCAGAUGCAUUGGAACCAGUUCAGUUUGAGGAUGGACAAAAGAUUGUGGUCCAGGGAGAGCCAGGAGAUGAGUUCUUCAUUAUCUUGGAGGGCACAGCUGCAGUGUUACAGCGUCGGUCAGAAAAUGAAGAGUUUGUGGAAGUGGGAAGACUGGGACCUUCAGAUUAUUUUGGUGAAAUUGCUCUCCUGAUGAACCGUCCCCGUGCUGCCACAGUUGUUGCCCGUGGCCUCUUGAAAUGUGUGAAGCUGGAUCGACCCCGGUUUGAGCGUGUCCUGGGUCCCUGCUCUGAUAUUCUCAAGAGGAACAUCCAGCAGUACAACAGUUUUGUAUCACUGUCUGUCUGAAACAAACCUCCCUCCCUGUCCAAAAUGUGCUUCACGAACGCAGACUGCUUCAUUACCCUGUGCAGAGCCACGUUGCCCCUGGCAUUUGCAGCUUCCUGUCUGUUUAAAAAAA